UUGGGUAGAAAUAUGUUAUUAUGUACAGAAUAUUUUCUCCAAAUGCUACCGAUCAGUCUUCAGUCGUUCCUUCCCAGUCGACUUGGAUUUUCAACUCACUCCGAUUCAACUCAAUGGCCUACGUUUCGAUGGGAGAAGCACACAGAAGAAUCACUGAUUACCUCAACCGCUUCUCCGACGCCGUUUUCUCCCAAGACGCAGCUUCACUCAAACUCCUCUUUUCUUUCUCUUCCAACUCCCACUCUCUCCUCUCACUCGCCGACGCUCUCAACGUCUUCCAGGACGCUAAUAGAUUGAUUAAACAAUCCGAUAAGUACUCUCAGUUUGGAGAAAUUAUAGUUCCGCUUUUUCGUUCUCUACAAAACUAUCGAAUCGGAAACUUGGUUGAUGCCUAUAACGCCUUUGAAAAAUCUUCCCAUGCUUUUCUUCAGGAGUUCCGAAAUUGGGAAUCGGCCUGGGCUUUGGAAGCAUUGUAUGCCAUUGCUUAUGAGAUUAGGGUUCUUGCUGAGAGGGCUGAUAGAGAGUUGGCUGCUAAUGGAAAGUCCCCUGAGAAAUUAAAGGCUGCUGGCUCUUUUCUUAUGAAAGUCUUUGGGGUUCUUGCAGGAAAAGGUGCAAAACGUGUUGGAGCAUUAUAUGUGACGUGCCAGUUGUUUAAGAUCUACUUCAAGCUUGGUACUGUUCACCUAUGUCGUAGUGUAAUAAGAAGUAUAGACACUGCCCGUAUUUUUGAUUUUGAGGAAUUUCCUAAAAGAGACAAGGUCACUUACAUGUAUUAUACAGGCCGUUUAGAAGUUUUCAAUGAAAAUUUUCCUGAUGCUGAUAAAAAAUUAUCAUAUGCCUUGACACAUUGUAACCCUAGGAGUGAAUCCAACAUAAGGAUGAUCUUGAAAUAUUUGAUACCGGUGAAGCUUUCGAUUGGCAUCUUACCAAAAGAGUCGUUGCUAGAGAAGUAUAACUUAGUUGAGUACAGCAAUGUUGUGCUAGCUCUGAAAAGGGGUGAUCUCCGACUUCUUCGACAUGCUCUCCAAGAGCAUGAGGACCGGUUCUUAAGAUCAGGUGUAUACCUUGUGCUGGAGAAGCUAGAACUCCAGGUUUUUCAAAGACUGUUUAAGAAAAUUUACAUUAUCCAAAAGCAGAAAGACCCUAGCAAAGCUCACCAGAUGAAGUUAGAAGUAAUUGUUAAGGCAUUGACAUGGCUGGAGAUGGACAUGGAUGUUGAUGAGGUGGAAUGCAUAGUUGCCAUAUUGAUACACAAGAACCUUGUGAAAGGGUAUUUCGCUCACAAGAGUAAAGUGGUGGUCUUGAGUAAGCAGGAUCCUUUUCCAAAAUUAAACGGGAGACCGGUCAAUUCGUAGAGACGGUGAAAGGCUUAUUUAGGAUGCUAAGAUGAGCUUUUUAUGAUUGCAGUAGACACUCAGGAUCAUACAAAUUCUGAUACAGAUGUAGUAAUAUCAUUUGGUCGUAUUUAAUUGUGUUAUACAUAACGCUUCAUUGUUGUAUUAAUCAAGUCAAAUUAGUGCGAUUUUGUGAGUACACUAGAUGGGUUAUGAUGUGCUUUUGAACUGUCCCCAAUCCCUAGUUAUUAAUUUACAAAUUUUUUCAUUA